UCAAGAAAGCUAUCAACACACUGGUACAAGAUGGAGAGGAGUUCACCAAGCAUUUGGGCAAGUAUAGAUCCUUGUGGUCUGAGCUUGAAUCAUUGAGGCCAAGCACGGCUGAUCAAGAGCUACUCAUGGAGAGGAGGGAGCAGGAUCAGGUGUUUGGAUUGCUGUUGACUUUGGAUCCUCCGUUCAAUGAUGUGAUCAAACACAUGUUGAGGAUGCCAAGUCUUCCAUCCAUGGAGGAAGUGUGUGCGCAGCUCCAGAAGGAGGAAGGAUCUCUUGGUCUCUUCGGAAGCAAGGGAGACUUAGCUCUAGCCAACAAGGCUGAGGAAGGAGCGCAAGCUAACCGUGCAGCAUACAAGACUGAUGAGAGGAAGUAUGGUGAUGAGAGGAGGUUUGGAGGCAACUGUGAUCACUGCAAGAAGCCGGGACACAAGAGGAGCCAGUGCUGGAUCCUUCAUCCCCAUCUCAAGCCGGCCAAGUUCAACAAGGAUCGAGAAGCCAGAGCUAACCUGUCUACUGAAGCAAGUGAAGCCGGUCCAUCAGGAGCAGGCUCAAGUGCACAAGUGGGUGAAAGCGCAGGCAAGGCAAUGGCAACUCACUACACGGCCGCAAAGAGUUUGGAGCAUGAAGUGAUCCGCAAAUCUGACAUUGAUGCCCUCAUCAAAGCUCUUAAGGAGUCUGGUACAUUCGGAAACACUCUUGGUUACUCUUAUACUGCUCAUAUGAUGCCUAGGAAUGAGAAUAGGUAAAUAGAUAUCAUUGAGAAAUUAAAACUGAGAAAUGAAUCACCUAGAACUCAUCUUGCUAGAGGCAUAAAACCAUUGAUUGUUGACUCUGGUGCAUCUCAUCACAUGAUUAGUGAUGAUAGCUUGAUCAAAAACAUAGAACCUGCUCAUGGUCAUGUAAUGAUUGCAAAUGGAGAUAGAAUUCCCAUUAAAGGUGUAGGAGACUUAAAGCUAUUUGAUAAGAACUCUAAAGCAUUUUACAUGCCUGAUUUUACU